UCCAAUCAGCACAGAGCAAGCUAGAAUCACUUCCGCAUGUCUGCUCCCUUAUUGGGCAGGAGCAGCAGUCCUUGUGUUGACUGUAUGAAAAUGGUGGACAGCAGAGUCAGACGGCUCCAGUAGACAGAGGGACAGCAAAGCGUUUAUUACCGACUGAACCCUAAAGCCACAGCAGUGAUGGCUGAUGCAGAGCAGAUCAAGAAAACUGCGGUGAAGGUGCUGAGUGCCGUGGAGAAGGUGUCCUCCUUCGCCUCCUCCAUCGAUCCCAUCUUUGGGAUAGUCUCCUCCCUGGUUGGGGUGGCUCGCAAAGGCUUAACGAGCGAGGAGGGCCACGCUCUGGACAAGGACUUCCAGGCAAUCCACUCCAAGCUGGAGAGCAUCUCUCGGAAGAACCAUCAAUGCCUGAGGCAGAUCCGCAUUGAUGAGGUGAACGAAACCUAUGGCAAAUAUGAGGAGUACAUCAAACACCAGUACUCUGCCUUCAACACCAUGGUGGCUCAGGUGAAGAAAGACCCGCACAACACUCAGAAGUACAUGAGCACUUUUGAGAAGAUUUAUGAGCGAGACAAGAGCGACAUGAGCCUGGAUGUGUACUACCGGGGCGUGAUGGGGACCAACACGCUGUUCGGGAGGCCCCUGCUGGCGGUGUACCUGGAGCACUGCGACGGCGACCGCGACAUCAUGGAGCGCCGCUGCUCGCACAUCACCCACCUGUUCCACAUGGGCCUCAUCGCUCUGAUGGCCUACACGUCUGUUACAGAGGACGACGAAGACGAGGUGCGCGAGAAGUGGGCCAAGAGGGUGGAGGACAUCCAGAAGAAGAUGCAGGAGGUGCUGAGUCAGUGCAAAGACAGCUCGUCCUGAGUUUGGACCAGCAGAAUGGGACAUCCUCUGGGUCCAGUAUGUGUGCUUCCCACUGGGACAAGGAAUAUAAACAUAUACUACAAAAUAAAAAUAAGACCAAAGCCAUAUUUAAAUUUAUGCAUUUGACUUGAUGUUGUAAGUGCAGCUUUUAAUUGUAUCGUUGUUUGCUGUUUUGAGUUUCAAAGAGACCACUAUGUUACAGCUGCUUUGUGUUACAGUAGAUGCUGAAGUUUUAUACGAUAUCUUUAAUUAAAAUCUAUAAAUCAUAUGUUAAUUUGUAUGUGAAAGUUAUAUUUGUGAAACCAACACUUAAAAAUAAAAAUGACUUUUUUUCCCCG